AAAAAUUCUUUGCUAUAUUCGUAUGCAUGAGAUUAAUGACUAAUGGAUCAAGUCUGCUAGAAAAGCCGAUAAUGUAUUGGUACGUGAUACGCAUUCAUGGCAACUGUUCUGAUUGCUGGGUUUAGAGAGGAGCAAUUAAAAAUGAUGAUAAUGAGUGAAGUCAUAUGAAAGCGCAUUAAGUGCUACAUAGUUGGGGUUAUGAGUUGGAAAUGUCUAGAAAGGCUGCAAUGAACCAUUGUCGGCGGAUUACAUAAAAUUUAUGCUCUGGAUGUGCUGCAUUGAUCUUCUAAGUGAAAUGUUUCGGCGGAAAAUAUUAAUCAGAAACUAACACCCCUCCUCCAUCCAAUCACAACAACCAAAUAUCCGGGUCGCUUCUUUUUCCUCUUUUUCUCCCUCUCUCCCUACACCCAUGGCUCGAGAAACAAAGUAUUACGACAGUUUGGGCGUCGACCCGAAAGCCUCAGAGAGUGAGCUGAAGAAAGCCUAUCGUAAGCUUGCAUUGAAAUACCACCCAGACAAGAACCCGGAUGCAGGCGACAAGUUUAAAGAAAUCUCACACGCUUACGAAGUCUUAUCCGACCCCGAUAAGCGACGGAUGUACGAUCAGUUUGGUGAAGAAGGCCUGAGCGGUGCCGGCAUGGGCGACACUAUGGAUGCAAACGAUCUCUUUUCACAGCUGUUUGGGGGUGGUCUAUUUGGCCAAGGCCAAGGUGGCCGAUCGGGUCCACGACGAGGACGUGAUAUGGUGCACCAUAUGAAAGUGUCCUUGGAAGACUUUUACAAUGGCCGAACCAGCAAGAUCGCUGUGCAAAAGCACGUCAUAUGCAAAGACUGUGAUGGCCGUGGUGGCAAAGAAGGCGCAGUCAAAGUGUGUGGAAAGUGCAAGGGUAAUGGUUUUACAGUCUCGAUGCGACAAAUGGGUCCCAUGGUCCAACAAGUCCAGCAGCCGUGUGCAGAGUGUCGUGGCCAAGGAGAAAUCAUUGAUGAAAAGAACAAGUGCAAGACGUGCAAUGGCAAAAAAGUUGUCGACGACCGUAAAGUGUUUGAGGUGCAUAUUGACAAAGGCAUGCGCGAUGGACAAAAGAUCACAUUUGCAGGUGAAGGUGACCAGACACCUGGCAUUGAAGCUGGCGAUAUCGUGGUUGUGCUCAACCAGAAGCCUCAUCCACACUUUGUACGAAAAGGGGACGAUCUUGUUUAUGAAGCUAAGAUCGAUUUACUUACGGCGCUUGCUGGAGGUCGAUUUUCAAUACCCCAUUUGGAUGAUCGUGUCCUUGUUGUCACGAUCCAGCCCGGUGAGGCAAUCCGGUCAGGCCAGGUCAAGGUCAUCGAGCACGAAGGCAUGCCCACAUAUCGCCACCACGACAAGGGCAACAUGGUCGUCAAGUUCACGAUCGACUUCCCACCGCCCAAUUGGACCGAUCCCGACACUAUUGCCAGAUUGGAAUCCAUUUUGCCACCCCGAAGCAGCCUACCGCCAUACGGUGAUAAACAUCCCGAGGAAGUUACUAUGCAAGAUGCAAACGAACAACAACAAUCCAGAGCUAGUAACCAGCAGCAAUUCAUGGAUGUCGAUGAAGACGAAGAAGGUCAAGGGGGUCCGGGUGUCCAGUGUGCACAGCAGUAGAAAAUUAAGAAGCAAAGCCCAC